CUGCACUCCUUUAUCUGCAUGCACCAGGGGCAUCUACACCAGUCCACCGCCGCAAGAGGUUGGAGUAUCACGGGGCGCUGCUGCAGAGUAACCACCACCAAUACCACCAAUAUACCACCAUCAACACCAUCAACACCAUCAAUACCACCAUCAUGGCUCUAACAAGCGACCCCAGCUACAAGAAGCUGGAGCAGUGGUACAAAUCUAACGCUGGCAGCCUCAACAUGAGAGCCAUGUUUGACGCCGACAAGGACAGAUUCAGCAAAUUCAGCACGACUGUGGCGACAGACGAUGGCGACAUUCUGCUGGACUACUCCAAGAACCUCAUCAACCAGGAAGUCAUGGCCAUGCUGCUCGACAUGGCCAAGUCGAGGGGAGUGGAGGAAGCCAGAGAGAAGAUGUUCUCUGGAGAGAAAAUCAACUUCACUGAGGGUCGCGCUGUGCUCCACAUCGCCCUGCGUAACCGCUCAAACACGCCCAUCAACGUGGAAGGUAAAGACGUGAUGCCAGAGGUCAACCGAGUGCUGGAGAAGAUGAAGGCCUUCUGUCAUAAAGUACGCAGCGGUGAGUGGAAGGGCUUCAGCGGGAAAUCCAUCACUGACGUUGUGAACAUCGGCAUCGGGGGCUCUGACCUGGGUCCUCUGAUGGUGACGGAGGCUCUGAAGCCGUACUCCGCCGGCGGACCCAACGUCUGGUUCGUCUCCAACAUCGACGGGACUCACAUGGCCAAGACGCUCGCUCAGCUCACACCCGAGACCACGCUGUUCAUCAUCGCCUCCAAGACGUUCACCACUCAGGAGACCAUCACCAACGCCGAGUCUGCCAGAGAGUGGUUCCUCAAGACAGCCAAUGAUAAAUCUGCUGUCGCCAAGCAUUUCGUGGCGCUGUCCACCAACGCAGCCAAAGUGAAGGACUUCGGCAUCGACACAGCCAACAUGUUUGAGUUCUGGGAUUGGGUCGGAGGGCGUUACUCACUGUGGUCAGCCAUCGGUCUGUCCAUCGCUCUGCAUAUAGGUUUUGAGAACUUUGAGCAGCUUCUUGCUGGAGCUCACUGGAUGGACAAUCAUUUCCGCAGCGCCCCUCUGGAGCAGAACCUGCCCGUCCUUCUGGCCAUUCUGGGCGUCUGGUACAUCAACUUCUUCCAGGCGGAGACUCACGCUAUGCUGCCCUACGACCAGUACAUGCACCGCUUCGCUGCGUACUUCCAACAGGGCGACAUGGAGUCCAACGGGAAGUACAUCACCAAAGAUGGCACCCGUGUCAACUACCACACCGGACCAAUCGUUUGGGGCGAGCCCGGGACCAACGGACAGCACGCCUUCUACCAGCUCAUCCACCAAGGCACUCGUAUGAUUCCUGCCGACUUCCUCAUUCCUGCUCAGACACAGCAUCCAAUCAGGAACAACCUCCACCACAAGAUCCUGGCGGCGAACUUCCUGGCCCAGACAGAAGCUCUGAUGAAGGGUAAAACUUCAGACGAGGCUCGUAAGGAGCUGGAGGCCGGCGGCAUGAAAGGAGAAGCUCUGGACAAGCUGCUGCCACACAAAGUAUUCGAAGGAAACAAGCCAAGCAACUCCAUUGUAUUCAAGAAGCUGAGUCCGUUCAUGCUGGGAGCUCUGGUUGCCAUGUACGAACACAAGAUCUUCGUUCAGGGCACCAUGUGGGACAUCAACAGCUACGAUCAGUGGGGUGUUGAACUGGGGAAGCAGCUGGCCAAGAAGAUCGAGCCAGAGCUGCAGGACGACUCUGAGGUCACCUCCCACGACUCCUCCACCAACGGCCUCAUCAGCUUCCUGAAGAAGAACUUCGCCUGAAUCUUCCUCGUCUUCAUCCUUCCUCCUCACCGUGUACUCCUCAUCGGCUGAAUCCUCCACAGUCCUGUCCUCUGUCUGACCCGCGCGAACGAGCACUUUAAUGUUUGUGAUGAUGUGUUGAAUCUGUGUGAGACUCGACUUUACAUGUAGACGUGUUUAAUUUGGAAAGGGAAUCAGUUGCUUUUAUGUGGGAGUGCAGAGAAUCGUCCCUCUAAACGUGCAGAUAUUGCUGUAGGUGACAACACACACUUCACAUAGUCAGCACUGACUUUGAAAUAAAGUCCUGUUUGUCACUGAA